AUGCAUCGAACAACCGCCGCCGCCAAGAUGAUGCCCUCGGCGCACCUUUACGGGCACCAUCAGUUCAACCCUCAGGCCGACUCGGCUUGGAUGCACCAGCAGCCUGGCCAUCACCAACAUGCCCAGCAGGCCGCCGCCGCCGCCGCUCAGCAACAACAGCAGCAGUACAACCGCAUGAACGCGAACGCCCAAUCCAGCGUCAACAACCUGGCCGUGGCCACCCAGGAGGCUGCCGCCGCUGGCGAUAAUGUAUCUGAGGAGAACCGGCGAACCAUGGGCUACAUUGCUGAGUUGCUGAACGAAGCCACGCGGGAGGCUGCCCUCUUAGAACUUAGUAAGAAGAGGGAACAGGUCCCCGAGCUGGCCUUGAUCUUGUGGCAUUCAUUCGGUGUCAUGACUUCGCUUCUUCAGGAAAUCAUCUCCGUUUAUACACUCCUCAACCCAUCUCAGCUCACAGCCGCAGCUUCCAACCGGGUUUGUAACGCACUGGCGUUGCUGCAGUGUGUGGCUUCACAUAACGACACCCGCACUCUGUUUCUUCACGCUCAUAUCCCCCUCUUCCUCUAUCCGUUCCUCAACACCACAUCCAAGUCUCGCCCAUUCGAGUAUCUCCGUUUGACCAGCUUGGGUGUUAUUGGUGCCCUGGUCAAGAAUGACUCCUCGGAGGUGAUCAACUUCCUCCUUACUACUGAAAUCAUCCCUCUCUGCCUGCGCAUCAUGGAGACUGGCUCCGAGCUUAGCAAGACGGUGGCUAUCUUCAUUGUGCAGAAGAUACUCCUUGAUGAUAACGGCCUCAACUACAUUUGCGCUACUUAUGAGCGCUUCUACGCAGUUGGAACUGUUCUGAGCAACAUGGUUGCCCAGCUUGUCGAGUCCCAGACCGCUCGGCUGCUCAAGCAUGUUGUUAGGUGCUUCCUCAGACUCAGCGACAACGCUCGCGCCCGUGAGGCCUUGCGACAGUGCCUCCCCGAACCUCUACGUGACGCAACAUUCUCGUCAGUUCUCCGUGACGACGCAGCUACUAAGAGAUGCCUCGCCCAGCUUCUCAUCAACCUUUCCGAUAAUGUUGUGGAGAAUAACCCGACCGGUGUUUCUGCCCUAUGA